AAACAUUUAAAAAACCGAAAGGCUGCUUCUUGUAUGACCGACACCACUGGUCUGCUCCAUGAAUUUGAGAGCAUUAAGCUUUGCAAAUACAGUUACAGUGGUUCCAUCAAAGCAAGAAACCCUACAUUUUAUGGAAAAUCAAACCAAACCCAGAAUUCUUUGCCUGCAUGGCUACAGAACAAGCGGUUCAAUUCUCCAGAAAAUGAUCGAACGAUGGCCCGAGACUGUUCUUGAAAAGCUUCAUCUUCAUUUUCUUGAUGGCCCGUUUCCUGCUCGUGGAAAAUCUGAUGUUGAACGGGUUUUUGACCCUCCUUAUUUCGAAUGGUACCAUGCCAGUCAGGAUUACAAAGAGUACGUAGAUUUUGAUGAAUCGGUUGCUUAUAUUGAAGAUCAUAUGAUUAAACAUGGCCCUUUUGAUGGUGUUCUUGGUUUUUCUCAGGGGGCAAUUUUGUCAUCUGCUAUGCCAGGGAUGCAAGCUCAGGGGAUGGCUUUUACAAGGGUACCUAAGAUAAAGUUUGUUAUAUUAAUAUCUGGGAUUAGGUUUCUAGGAUACAAAUAUGGCAAACCAAAGCUAGCUGCUAAUGCAUUUUCAUCUCCUAUUCAAUGCCCUUCUCUCCACUUUAUAGGGGAGAGAGAUUUUCUCAAGGAAGGAGGGAAGAAUCUGGUUAAAUUAUUUGUUGAUCCUGUUGUGAUUCAUCAUCCAAUGGGCCACGUCGUACCAAAACUCGAUGAGAGCAGCCUCAAGACAAUGCUUAGCUUCAUUAAAAAGAUUCAGCCACUGGCAUCACUUUGAAUGAUAGAGCUUCUUUAUGAAAGAUCAGGAUUCGGAUGCUAAUAAUUAUGUUGUUUCCCUAUUUAGUAGAAGACAUCCAGUUGAUGUUAUUGGGUGAAUUUUUUUUUUAUUUGGAAUUGAAUUACAUUUUUUAGAUAUUGAUUUACACGUUGCUUUACGGCCAAUAAUACUCACUGGUCAGCUUUCUUUUA